GAAGAUGCUGAAACAACACCUGUCAUAUCAACAUCCACAAGUAAUAAUGAUGAAUGGCUCUUCAAUAGGGUCAAUAUUAGCAUGCUGUUUUGCCAAUAUCAGGUUGCUGUACGAUCCUUAGUUCUGAAGCACAGUCCCCUCCCUCCAGAGGAUUAUUGCAAUGAGAUCGCAUCCCUUUUCAACGUGUUUAUCCUGAAUGCCAGCCAACAUAGUGACAUUGCAACCAAGGUGUUUGGCGAUCGUCUGCUUAACGACUUAACUGCCUCUUUGCGUGCAUCUUCUAUGGAUUACUCGAUGGAUCUGCCGGAUCAGGUCUACAUAACUUUUGCCUCAAUGUUUGCCAAUCUGGCCAUGGGCAGUGCGACCUGUGACGAUACCAUUGUAAGACUCAUUGUAGAAGGUACUGGUUUGGAUUAUAGACCACGCCGUCUUUUACGAGGCAUUGCGAACCUGUAA